AUGCUGAUCGCACUGAUUGGAGCGGCGUGUGCAGGCAAGGCGAGUGUUGCACACUACCUUGUUGAGCAACAUGGAUUUCAGAUGCUGCGUAUCGGCGCAGUGAACUGUACGGAUAGGGAUGCACUCGAGCUGACGUUGGAGAGCAGCAAGCACAUGUUGGAUUACGUGACGGACCAUUGGGAGACGCGGUUUGUGACACUCGAUCUAACGAGCGCUUUGGACUUGGAUGCGUUUAUCAAGCGACCGUUUGUGCUGUGUGUCGAGGUGGCGGCGCCGGUGUGGAUGAGGUGGCAGAGGUAUUCGCGCAAACAUGGACGCAUCGAGUUGGAGCAGUUUGUCAGGUUGGAUGAUGAGCUUUGCUAUGGUACCGCUGACUCGGAUGUCAAUCUGGAAAGGGACGCAUGCGUACCCGUACUAGCACGUGCGUCCAGUAGUGGUUCGCUCAUCGGCACCAAUGGAAUCGUGGAUAACCUAAGCGCCGUCUCGCUGCGAGACAGCUGCAAGCGAAUCUCAACAUCGCCAACAACUGGCCUCACCGGCCUGCGACGCUUGACACACCUCUCGAUCCACAAUAGCUUCUCCGACCUAUCCCAGUUGCACGUGCAUCUGACACACCUCAAUCUCACCUCGACCGAACGUUUGCGUCCGUGCUGGGAUACGUACUUUCUCAAGUUGUGCAACCUCGCCUCACUCCGCUCAAACUGCAUGAAACGUCGUGUCGGCGCAGUGCUCGUCUCGUCCAACCGCAUCUUAGCCACAGGCUACAACGGUACACCCUCAGGCCUCCGUAAUUGCAACCAAGGCGGAUGCGCUCGCUGUAACAAUACCCUGCCCACAUCAACAAGCACCAACACCCCCAGGGCUGGCAGCAGCGCUUGCGGUCAAAAUCUAGACGAAUGCCUCUGCCUCCACGCCGAAGAAAACGCACUGCUCGAAGCUGGUAGAGCCAAGAUCUCGUCGAACGCUACCAUGUACUGCAACACGUGCCCCUGUCUCCGCUGCGCUGUCAAGAUCAUCCAAACCGGCAUACGUCACGUCGUCUAUCAGCUAGAGUACAGUAUGGAUGCAAGAACCAAGACCAUCUUCCAGGAAGCUGGCGUCGAAAUUCGCCAGUGUCAUCUAGAUGCUUGA